CCUCGCUAUUUUAUUUCAUAAAUUUAAAAACAUGGCAUCAAAUUUACUCCCAGAAUGUUUAGAGAAAAUUUUUACAAAUCUUCUCAACCCUUCCAAUCCUAUUUUUUCCAAUUCCGUUGAAACUUGUGAAAUAAAAGAUUUAUAUUCUUGUACAUUGGUUUCACGAUAUUGGUGUCGAAUUUCAACACCGAUUUUAUAUUCUCAUCCAUUCAAUUAUUUCCAUCAUUUGAAAGGCGGUAAAAAAUCUCAAACGGAGAAAGAUUUUCAAGAUUAUUACAAAUUAAUCAGAACGUUAUUAACUUGUAUUCCACAUUCUGAGAUAGAAGAAAUAGUUAAUUCAGUUUAUGAAAAAGGAUCAUCUAUCGAACCUAUUGAAUCAGUAGUUUCACCAACAUUUAAUUAUGUUAAAUUUAUUCAUGAGUUACUUUUUGACGAUAAAUUCUUUCUGAAUCAUGGUAAAGAUAUUUGGACCCCUUCUUACAUUCCUAUUAAAGAUAUUCCAGAUACUGAUACCUAUAAAUUAUACGAUUCAUUAAUCAACCAUCUUGUUAAAUACUUGAUUGAAAAUUGUAAUAAUUUAACAAGGUUGGAAAUUUUACGCAAUAAAUUACAAGUUGAUCUAAUGAAAUCAUUAGUAAAGGACAGAUUAAGCGGAUUAAGAAAAUUAUCUUUAAAAGGAACUGGAAAAGAAAGAUAUGAAAAUGAUGAAAUGAGUUUAAUACAACUUUACACUACCUUAUCUACAACUACCUUAAACCUUGAAAUUCUCCAUAAUGGUGAAAUCAUAUCCCUUGAACAUGCAAAUGCAUUAUCAUCAUUAAUUUCCGCGCAAAAAAAAUUAAAACUUAUUACAUUAUCGGAUAGUUUAAGAGCUAGUGUAACCAAUAUUCAAUUAUCUGGAUGGUAUAAUGUUGUGUUUAAUUCAUUAAGCACACAAAAAGGAUGGUUAGAAAGAUUGGAAUUGGUUUAUUUAUCUUUUGAAGGUAUUGAUGAAAAGACCUUAAAUUCAUUAUGUUCGCUUAAACAUCUUAAGGAGUUAAGAUUAGAAAUGUGCAAAUUUCUUAGGGUAAGUCUAUUACAGAAUUGGGCGGAAAGUUUAUCAAAUCUUAAAGUACUUGAAUAUAAAGCUUUUUCUCCAUCAUAUCAUUCAUCUGACUUUGAAUUUUUAACCCUAAUCCUUAAGUCUUCUUCGAAUACCUUAAAUAAAUUAGUAUUGGAUUAUAAUAGAAUUAUAGAUCAAGGUUUCACUUUAGUCAAAGAUAUUCUAAUUUAUUCACAGAAUCUAACUCAUUUAGAACUACCUCAUAUAUAUCCACCUGAACUGAGGAAUAUAUUUAAAUCAUGUACGGAUCUUGUUUAUUUUAGUUUUAUUUUAGCAUAUCAUGGUGGAUGGGAACCAGAUUUUAGGCAUAUGGGUAAACUUGUUCCUAAUAGUGUAGAAAUGAUUCAAUUUAAAGAUACGCAACUUUUGGAGAUAAAAAGUGAAUCAUUGGUAAAUUUUUUAGAAGAUUGUGUAAAUAAUGGUGGUAAAUUAAAGAUUUUAGAAAUUACUGGAAAGUGUAAAGUGCCCAAAUUUUAUUUUGAUGCUGUAACACAUUCUAAAGUACAAUUAAUUAAAUUGGAAUAAUUAGGGGGAAAUAUUUAAGUUAAUUCCAGUUAAUUAAAGAUAAUUAAGUUAAUUCCAGUUAAUUAAAGAUA